CCUUCAAAAGCGAGCAGGGGAAAUCUUCAAGACGACUCACUCCAAUCAACACUCCCUUCCACUCACCCCCUGUUUGUUUCCCGAGAUAUUUCUCUAUUUCUCAGAUCUUGAUCUCUCUACACAAUGGGAAACAGUUGCGUGAAGCUCAAGAAAUCCACGGCGGAGAUCGCGCCCUGCGAAUUCGUUAAAGACUCACCACCUGUCGUCAUACUCUACGGAUCUCCAGCGGUUCCUCUCACCUCCUACAUCCGGUUCGCCCUGCACCACAAAUGCGUGUCCGUCCGAAUGGUGUCGGCCGAGACGCCGAUUCUCGGGCCCGAUACGCUGGUUCUGCAGUGCGGCUCCGACACCGUUUCGGGAUCGAGGGAGACGCUGAUGCGGUACAUAGAGUCGAGGUUCCCUCGGCCCCCGCUGGUGAUGAGCCGCGGCGGUGACUGCGAUGAAACGACGCCGUUGAUAGUGACGGCGACGAGGCUGCAGCACCGGAGCAUGACGUGGCACAUUGAGAGGAUGGUGAGGUGGGCGGAGGAUCUGGCGGCACGUGGUGGGAGAGGAGCAGUUGACCCGACAGUGGGGAGUCCGCGGAUGGAGGUGAAGAAGUUUGGGAGGAGUUAUGGUCAUCUACUGGAGCUGAUGCUGGAGCACGCUCAGAUGGAGGAGAGGAUCGUCUUCCCCAUCUUAGAGAGGGCUGAUCGAGGAUUAUCCAAAGCUGCAAAUGAUGAUCAUGCAAGGGACCUACCCAUCAUGAAUGGCAUCAAAGAAGACAUCAAAUCCAUUGUGGUUUUGGACUCGGGCACCCCUGCAUACCAAGAGGCCCUCUCCAAUCUUUUCACUCGCCUCAAAUCAUUACAGGAGCACUGCAAGGAGCACUUCGAUGGGGAGGAGAGGGAUCUACUGCCGCUGAUGGAGGCGGCAGAGCUGAGCAAGCAACAACACGAGAGGCUGUUGGAGCAGUGCUGGGAUGCAAUGCAGGGGACACACUCCCACCUAUUUCGCUUCUUCAUUGAGGGCCUCCCCCCUCAUGAUGCAAUGAGCUACUUGGGCUUGAUCAUCAAGUGCAAUGACAAAGAUCGGGCGGCUACCAUGCUCUGCCCCAUCAUGGAGUGAGAUCUGGCCUUAGCUUCUAAUGACCACUUGGCUUGUAAGUUUUUGCUGGGAAUGAAGUACAAAUGAUAUCAUGUGGCUAAUGUCUUCAUGUGAAGGAAUAUUUUGAAGUGCGAGGACUUGGGGUGGCCUAAAUCGUGGGACUCCAAGUCAGGUUACAUGGUGGCAUGGUUGAAAGAAGGAUUCUGGUAAGAAUAUGUAAAAAUGUGAAAUGUCAUGUAGUAUAAAGUCAAUGUCCUUUAUAUUUCAUCUUCCUUUAAUUUUGAAAUCAAAUCUAUGGUAAUCAAGAAGUAUUAUCACCAA